UUUAUUUACAUUUGCACUGAAUACAAAAAUAAAUCAAAUCACCUCAUAUAAACGCACAGAAAUCAGCCGAGAAAUAAAUGUAUAAGCUAAAAUAUACAAACGCAUAGGAAUAAUAUUCAAUUUGCAUACGUGUCUCAUGACAAAUUUCACAACUAAAAGGAUAAAGCAAACAUCGAGAUAACGUCAAGGAUAUAAGCAAUCGUUAUAUCAAUAGGCAAGUUUCCAUGACAGCGUAACCAUAACACUGCCGCAAUAUUGCUGAAUGCUUUUUUAUAACAAAACAACAAGCAAAAUUCAUAAAUAGAUACACAACGCCUACGCUUACGGUAUAGAAGGUAUAAAAAAUGUUUCUGUUUGACUGGGUGCUGCAACGUAUUUUGCCAGUGAUCUUCCUUUAUCUAAGACCGUUCAUCAAAUGGUUUUUGCAUACAUUCACGCGGCUAAGCGAACUGCAACGCAUUGUAUAUGGUGCACAGGCAGGUGCAAGUCGCACUCGUCAAGUCGAGCGUUCGCUAAUGCAAUCACAAAAUGUCGAAAUACAACAUUUACUACGCGAAUUGGACACUGCGGUAGAGACAUGUAGUGAAGAAGAACUGCGUCAAUUGCCUGCACGCGCUGUUAGUGUGGUGCAACGCGCCAAGCAUAUUAAAUCAAAAAUACACCCUGACUUUGCGCCACUCUUUGGCACUUGUGUGCUGCACAUAUGGAGUUACCGACAACUGCUGCAUCAGGUGGAGCGCUUACGUGCAGAGGCAUACGAUGCAAAUAACUUGGAUCACGAACAGAAGUUGUUGGAGUUAUGGAACCGUUUAAUGCCAGAAGAGCCGUUGGAGGGACGUAUCACAAAGCAGUGGCAGGAUAUUGGUUUUCAGGGUGAUGAUCCCAAAACGGAUUUCCGUGGUAUGGGUAUACUUGGUUUGGAAAACCUGUUAUUCUUCUCGCGCGAAUAUCGUGACGCCGCACAUCAUGUGCUUUUACAUUCAAAACAUCCAGUAUAUGGUUAUACAUUCGCCAUAGUAGGCAUUAAUCUCACCGCGAUGGCAUAUCGCUUGCUCAAGUCUGGCGAUGCAAAAGUCCAUUUCUAUAAUGUGGCAAGUUCGCUUAAUCAGGCCUGCUCAUUGACUCAUUUCCAUAAAUUCUACUGUUAUUUACUUUUCGAAUUCGACCGUUUCUGGCUGGAAUCGGAACCAACGAAUAUAAUGGAUUUCCGUGAGAUAUAUCAACGAUUUGAAAUAUUAAUACUGGAAGCCUUACAUAAUGACAAAACAAUAUUCAAAACGAAUCUUGUUGUGGAGGAUGUUUAAAAAAUGAGGAAGUAAUCUGUUAGCUAAUAAUUAUAUAAAAUCUACAAAAAAAAAUGUAUCUCAAAUAUGCAUGUAAUAUUAAGUAAUCUUAUAGCACUUUUACUUAAAUGUAAUUGAAUAAAGAUUUUAAUUGCGAAAAAAAA